AUGCCUCUCGAUACAUCCACAUACAAACUCGCCUUGCUUCGCGUCGAUGGCCGACGCUGGAAUGAGCUGCGGCGAGUCCACGCCCAAAUUCGGACCCAGGCCGCCGCCGACGGCUCCAGCUACCUCGAAAUGGGCCAUACCAAGGUCAUGUGUGUGGUGACCGGGCCCAGCGAACCCGGGCCGCGACGCGGGACCGGAGCUGGCACUACCGGUGGAGGAGGCGCAGGAGGUGCAGGCGGUGGUGGUUCUGGUGGCCAAGGGAAAGAAGCCGAGGUGGUAGUGAGCAUCGUAAUCGCAGGCUUCAGCUCGGUUGACCGCAAGCGACACGGGAGAAACGACAAGCGUAUCAUCGAGAUGCAAUCAACGGUCGCAAACGCUCUCUCAGCCUCUCUACAUACCCAUCUCUUCCCCCACAGCCAGAUCACCAUCUCCCUUCAUGUCCUUUCCCAAGACGGUUCGCUCCUCGCAGCACUCAUCAACGCAGCCACUCUUGCCUGUGUGGAUGCAGGCAUUCCUAUGACUGAUUACGUCGUUGCUUGCACAGCCGGGUCCACUUCCACGUAUGCGGCCAACGAUGAGAAUGCCGACCCACUUCUGGACUUGAACCACCAAGAGGAACAAGAGCUGCCCUGGCUGACAGUCGCGACGCUGGGUGAGAGCGACAAGGUGGCCGUGUUGGUAUGUGAGAGCAGAGUGCAAGUGAGUAGGCUAGAAGGCAUGCUCGCCGUGGGUGUAGACGGAUGUAAACAAAUCAGGGCGAUUCUGGAUCAUGUGGUGCGCCAGAAGGGCAGGAGGAUGAUCCGAGAGGGUGCAGUGGAGAAAGGUGUUAGCCUGGAUGAUAUGGAUGAGGAUUAA